GGGGGGGGGGGAGUUCCCUUGACUGGGAAGUUUGACUUUAUGUACAGCACCUGUUGUGUCGCCAGUUGGCAGUCUGCGUCCACUCAUGCUUCAGACGCUGCCGCCUCAGUACUGCCUCUCGAUACAUGGGGAUUAGACUUCGCGCAGUAUCGGGAGUCCGUCUUAACGGGAUCAUCCGGGAAAAGUUGGGAUUUUUAGCGAAGGACCCGCAGCACUGUACACGUCUCCGCUCGCAAUGCAAGAAUAAUGGACGCGAUCGAGUACUUUGGGUGACGACUGGUAGGAUAACAAAGUGGCAGUGACUUGAAAACGAAGGACAUGGACCAUUAUGCUCCAUCAUAAAAGUGCAGAAAGUUCAUCACGUUAAUUGCACCCGGCGUAUGCGGACGGUGCACAGUCUUUAGACUUGCUUGAUGAACAUUAAAACUUUUGCCGGAAUUUUAACCAAGUAAGCAGGUGCUUUGUGUUUGCAUCCCACCGAGCACACUUGCGCGUCGGCGUGCAGCGAUUCAACUUUUCUGGAGGGUCUGUGGGUGCAUCCAAUAGCCUAGCAUGUAAAGUUUUUUUUUUCCUUUUACCAACGUGAAGGGGACUUUUUGAUCCGAUUAUGUGGAUACCAGUUUGUCCGCCGAUGCUUUUAAACCGGGAUACCGGCUCUCGCACCCUGCACAGAUUGUGAAUGGUGACAAAACACGUCCUGAGACGCCUGGCUCUGAAGUCCCAUCCAUAGGUCUCGCAGUUUACCGUCAUCCAAAUGAUCCUGUUAUUGUUGUUCCUCCUUGUGUCGUCUGCUCAGCGUCAUGGAUCGGGGGCUGAAUCAAGUGCCGGCAACACGUUUCAACACUCCGGCUUGAAAGGGCUGAGCGGUGUGCAGAAUGAGAGAAUCAUCCGCGUGUCAGCCGAGGGAACGGUGAGCAGCCCGGACUUCCCCCAGACGUACCCCCGCAACCGCAUUCUCGUCUGGAGGCUCGUCGCUGCGAGUGAGAACAUGCGGAUACAACUGGCAUUCGACGAGAGAUUUGGCCUCGAGGAGACCGAAGAUGGGAUAUGCAAGUAUGACUUUGUAGAGAUUGAGGACCCUGUUGAGGGUACAAUUUUGGGCCGGUGGUGUGGAUCGCAGGCUGCACCAGGAAAGCUCGUGUCCAAAGGGAACCAGAUUCGGAUCCAAUUCCAGUCUGAUCAGUAUCUGCCCUCCAAGCCUGGAUUCUGCAUCCGAUAUUCCCCGGUCCUUGUGAGCCUGGAGGUGUUGACUGAAGCUGUAUCUGGCCUCAGCACAGUGGAGGAGGUCAUGAAAUACCUGGAGCCGGAUCAAUGGCAGCUCCACAUGGAGGAUCUCUACAAGCCAGCCUGGCCCGUGCUGGGCAAGUCGUUCCUUCAUCACAGAAAGGCCAGAGCACCUGAUACCAAAUUUCAAGGCGCGGUGGACCUGAACGUGUUGAAGGAGGAGGUGCGACUGUACAGCUGCACGCCGCGCAACUUCUCCGUGUCUCUCCGCGAAGAGCUGCGGCGAACCGACACCAUCUUCUGGCCCAGCUGCCUCCUGGUGAAGCGGUGUGGGGGGAACUGCGCGUGCUGCUCGUACGGCUGCCGUGACUGCCAGUGUGCGCCCACCAGGGUCACCAAGAAAUACCACGAGGUUCUUCAGCUGAGGCACCGAGGUGGGGGCAGGGGUUUGCAGAAGUCCCUGACCGACGUGCUCUUGGAGCACCAUGAGGAAUGUACCUGCAUCUGCAAAGAGGAGCCCAACGGCUGAAGCGGUCCCAGCUCAAGUAGCUAAAUCUUUGGAGCCCCCCCCCCCCCCCCCCCCGCCGUUACAAUGAACUCCAAAACCGAGUCUUUCUUUACAGAUACCACCCAUGCCUACAGAAC